AUGAGGAAGGCAUACUCAGUCAGCUCUAGUAGCAGCACCCGGAAGUCCUUUGCACCAGUUAGCAGCUACUCCGUAAAAAGAUCCAGUUAUGGUGCUGGAGCGGGAGCUGGUGGUCUUGGUUUUAGUAUGUCUUCAAUGGGUGGUGGAUUUGGUGGUGGUUCUGGUAGUUAUGGCUUUACUUGUAGCCAAACAGGAGGUGGCUUCAUCGCUCCACAGAUCACAGCUGUCCAAGUCAACCAGAGCCUGCUGACCCCCCUGAACCUGGAAAUCGACCCCACCAUCCAGGUUGUCCGCACUCAGGAGAAGGAUCAGAUCAAGACCCUCAACAACCGCUUCGCCUCCUUCAUCGACAAGGUCCGUUUCCUGGAGCAGCAGAACAAGAUGCUGGAGACCAAAUGGAGCCUCCUGCAAGACCAGACCACCACCCGCUCCAACAUUGAUGCCAUGUUUGAGGCUUACAUUGCCAACCUGCGCAGACAGCUCGAUGGGCUGGGCAAUGAGAAGGGCAAGCUGGAGGGAGAGCUGAGGAACAUGCAGGGCCUGGUUGAGGACUUCAAGAAGAAGUAUGAAGAUGAAAUCAACAAACGUGCUGCUGCAGAGAACGAGUUUGUGCUCCUGAAGAAGGACGUUGAUGCUGCCUACAUGAACAAGGUGGAGCUGGAGGCCAAGGCUGAUGCUCUUCAGGAUGAGAUCAACUUCCUCAGGGCCGUCUAUGAGACGGAGCUUCUUGAGCUGCAGAGCCAGAUCAAGGACACCUCCGUCGUCGUGGAGAUGGACAACAGCCGUAACCUGGACAUGGAUUCUAUUGUGGCUGAAGUCCGUGCUCAGUAUGAAGACAUUGCCAACCGCAGCAAGGCUGAAGCAGAGACCUGGUACAAACAGAAGUAUGAGGAGAUGCAGAGCACUGCCGGACAGUAUGGUGACGACCUGCGCACAACCAAGGCUGAGAUUUCUGAGCUGAAUCGCAUGAUCUCCCGUCUUCAGAAUGAGAUUGAGGCCGUCAAGGGACAGAGGGCCAGCCUGGAGGCUCAGAUUGCAGAGGCUGAGGAGCGUGGUGAGCUGGCAGUGAAGGACGCCAGGCUCCGCAUUAAGGACCUGGAGGAUGCUCUGCAGAGAGCCAAGCAGGACAUGACCCGCCAGGUGCGCGAAUACCAGGAACUGAUGAAUGUCAAGCUGGCCCUGGACAUCGAAAUCGCCACCUACAGGAAACUGCUAGAAGGAGAGGAGUCCAGACUGUCCAGCGGAGGCGCAAGUGCAACCAUCCACGUGCAGCAGUCCUCUGGAGGUGGUGGAUACUCCAGCUCCAGCUCCAGCGGUGGAUUUGGCUAUGGUGGCAGCAGCUUGUCUGGUGGUUAUGGCGGUACUGUUACCAAGUCCACAGUCUUAUCAACCAGUUCCAGGAGAGUGUAUUAAAAAGGAGAGCCAGUCAUCUUCCCCUUCAGAAACUCUUGAAUUUUAUCAAAAUCUGCACCCAUUCAUGAUGCUUUGCAAUACUAUUAAGCAGGUUCCAUAAGAAUAAAUAUAUUGUUACACUGACUGCUACCACUGAUCCCAGGCAGCUUUUCAUACUCUUCUUAAGAGUAAGACUUUCUGUUUAAAAUCACUUAUCAAGAGUUUCUGAAGGUAAACAUGGCCUUGAACACACAAGAGACAACAUAAAGUGUUAAAUCUCAGCAAA